AAGCGGAGGGGCGGGGGCUGCGGCAGCGCGGGCGCCCCGGGCUACGCAUGCGCGCUACGUUGCGAAAGAGCUGGCGGCGCAUGCGCAGGGCGCGGCGUGUGGCUGUUGCUGUGGGAAACAGGCGGGAGGGCGGGACGGGGAACCGGGACAGGCUCCGGUACUGGCGGUGCCGCUCCUGCGCCCCCCGCGCCCCGGCCCGGCUCCUCGGAGCGCUCGCUGGCUGUGUUCUUUAGCUGUAUUUUGGAUGGGAUUUUCUUUUGCUUCACUGCCAUCUAUAGAAACUGAUGAAUAUUUUAGUGCUAAGGCCCCAUAUGUCACCAGAUGUCCUUCUUCCUGACUGAGAUGUUUCUGUGGUCUUUGAAGACCAGCUUACGUAUUAGAGAUGAAGACAUUGGGAUCCACCAGUACUCUGAGAAGAAAGAACCAGCAUCACAGAUGAAGCACAGUUACUUAGAAGAGAAGCAAAAGCUAGCAGAAUCCCGAGAUUAUCCUUGGAUCCUGAAAAGCAAGAGAGCAGACAAACUGCGAGAUGCACUCAAGGAGGUGGAGGACUUAAUGCAAAACACUCCGUGUGUGCUGAGCAAAUGGAAGAACAAACAUACCUGUCAGCUCCUCUUUCACUCAGGUGUCUUGGUGUCCCUAAGCCUUUCUGGGCCACAGCUGGAGAAAGUGGUGAUUGACAGGACCCUGGUGGGGAAGCUCAUCUCCGACACCAUCAGUGAUGCUGUUCUUACAGACAAUUUCAUCAUUUUGUCAUUUGAGGAUCAUAGCCAACUCUGCUUUAUUCAGUUUACAAAGAAGAUGGAUUCUCCUGAUGUAAACAAAAGACUGGAAAAACUCUCUUGUUUGGACUUUAAGAUUUCUUAUGUUGAUAUACUUGGACCAGAAGGUAGAAGGAUGAAACGUCACCUGGCAAUAAACUGUAUGCAAGAUAUGGUCAUUUGCUGGUGGUCAGCAACUAGUGAUGGAGCAUGGCCUUGGUCUCCUAUUUCCUGUGAGAGGGACAGAGCCAACCUAUUGCUAUUAGGCUGUGCACAUGGCAAAUUGGAGGUUCUGAGUUUUGUCCGUACGGAAUGGGAUCCCCUCCAUGCCAGCUUCAGCACUCACCAGCCUUACCAGGUGCACACAGUGGAGCACUCGGUGUCAGCAGCCAAGGAGCCCAUGGCCGACAGCUGCGUCUACAAGUGCCUCAGGAACAAAAUCCAGUGUGCAGCCAUCACCAGGAUACCGCUGCGAUCCAGGGCCAUCAGCUGCUGCAGGGAUGUUACGGAAGACAAACUAGUCCUGGGCUGUGAAGACUCAUCAAUAAUUCUGUAUGAAGCCUACAACCAAGUAACUCUGUUAGCCCAGGCAGAACUGCUGCCUGCUGUGAUGACCUACCACCCCGCCGGGGCCGUAUUCGUGGUCGGCAGCUCUCAAGGGGAGCUGCAGCUUUUUGACACAGCACUGUCCCCUGUUAAAAUUCAGCUCUUGGCACAAGACUAUUCACCUGAGGCAACUUUGCAAUGCAGUAAACACUUUGAGGUGCCUAGCAGCCUCAUCCAGAUCCAGUGGGCUGCCCCUCCAGUUGCGUGUGUCAGCCCUGACAGCACUGAUAUUCAUGACCUUUUGUUGGUUAGAUUUGACAAAGGACCCUUGGGAGUACUUCACUUUAAACUUGGUGUGAUCACAAGAGGACAACUGGGCCUUGUGGAAAUUAUCCACCAGUACAUUCGUUAUGAUGAGAUACAUGAGGCAAUUAAUGUCCUGAACACCAUGAACUGGAACACAAUGGGUCAUCAGUGCUAUAUCUGCUUGAGUGCCAUUUGCAACCACCUUCUUAAACAAAAGCUUACACCAGACAGGGAAGCACAGCUUGAGGCAAGCCUUGGAACCUUUUAUGCACCAACAAGACCCCUCUUGGAUACAACUGUGCUGGAGUACAGGGACCCAAUCAGCAGAUACGCAAGAAGGUUCUUCCACCACCUGCUCAGGUAUCAAAGGUUUGAAAAAGCAUUUCUGCUUGCUGUUGACAUAGGGGCUCGGGACCUGUUUAUGCAGAACUUCUGGGGCAGUCAGAUGAAGAAGACCCAUCUUGUGAAGCUUUUGAUCAAUCUUUGGAGCCGGAAGGAGGGUCCAAGCCACCUGCUCCAGGCCCUGCCACCAGACCACCAGCGCAGAGCUGUUCCCACAGACCCACCAGCUGCAGGCAGGCAGAGGACACUGAGCCUGGAGCGGGUGGCCACACCACCUCCCUGAUCAUGAAACCCUUUCCCAGCAGCCAGGAAGGAAAUAUGAGAGCCAUUCCUUCGGAGCAGGUGACCCAUUUCUGAUUUACUUUUUUUAUUUCUGCUUGUUAUUAUUUACUCUAUUUUGAAGAUUCCUGAAACUCCCCAAGCCUGUCCCUGCAAGCUGUCUGCCUGCAGGGCUCUCACUGAAAUUGGUAGAAAUGCUCCUAUACUGCUCUGCUAGAGCAGGGCUUCACCUGCUGCUUUGUAUUGAGCACAGAGCAUAAAAGUGUCUUGCCCUCCAUCCAUGUUUAUCUCACAUGAAGUAGCCAGUGCUUGUAUUGGCACUUUCAAGACCUCAGUAAAGAGGAGUGAAAUACUGCCCUAUGGUUUCAUGAUAACUUUGAACUGAUUAAACUGCAAGGUGCUGCCAAAAAAGGUGGUCCAUCCCUUCCCCCACUGCCAGCCUCCAGUCCUGUUGUCCUCCUCCCUCUCCUGCACUGGCUCACAUCCUUGCAGCCUGCAAGAAGCUCGGUGGGGCAGGAGAGGAGGAGACCUCCAUGUGGGCAGGGAGACCGUACCCUGUUCCCCAGAUCCUUCUGUUACAGUUAUCUCCUGUGGGAACAUUCCCUUCUGGCCUGGUUUGGUAUCCCAGGAGGUUGGGUGUUGGUGGGAGUGCAUAUAGAGCACAUAUAUAGAGAGCCUAUCUCCAGAGCUGAUGAAUUGGCAGCACCAACACACUCCUUCAGUUCUACUUUAAGAGAAAAAAUAAAAUUAUGAAAUAAAAUAUAAUAAAUAAUAAAAUAAAUUUCACGACACCAUGGAUGGAGGCACAAGAGUGCUUGUGUUUUAGCUUCCUCCUAGUUACAGUUCUUGUUUAAACUUCUAUUUUUGAGGCCAAAGUGUUCAGUGUUUGGCCUCAGUGCAAACAGAUCAUUAAAAAAAAAAAAAAGGAAAGGAAACACUUCAACCUCCCAGCGGAGCAGGAUGGCACUUAUUUAUUUCUUUCAUUACAAAACCAGCCUGUGCCAAGUAAAAUUGUGUUCCAAGAGCUGUUCUACCAGUCCUGGAGCACUGAAGAAGAACACACACCGGCCCCACCUCUGCAGCCUCCUGCGGGCCCUUGCACAUUUUCACUGGGUGGAGGAUGGGGAAAGGCUGGGGACCAGUUGCCAGAGCUCACCACAUUGGAGUCACACCAAUGGGAAAUCCUCAUACUCAAAGCAUGUCCCUGUUGGCCUUUGGGUGAUUUUGGUGGCCUCAGGAUACAGAGUACAGUGAAAUAAAGCAGCAGUGAUGGUCUGGAGACAUUGGUGGGAUCCCUGGAUUUGCAGCCAGGUUAGCCAGCAGUUAACUGCUUCUUCCCUGAGCUGUGUGGAAGAUGCUACUUGAUUUCAUGUCAGGAGCUGAAUUAAUAAACUGAGAAGUUAAUUUGAAAACUCUGGACUCUGACAAUAAAAUCCACGAGCCCAAAUGUACAGGCUGUAUAACAAGAGUGAUACACGGAAGAAAGCUUUGCCAUCACAUCAUUAAGGAUUUAUCCAAGGGAGUGGUUAAAGCACUCUUUGGUUCCAAAAAGUUACUGCAGUUGAGUGGUCACCAGUACUAGGAGCUGGUGUGGUCAAAGUGUGACCUCUGUGACCUGGGUGGAAUUGGCUUGAUUUCAGCACACAUCACAGAGCUGCUUGUGCAUGGGGAAAUGGGGCACUUCCAUCUGAGCUUCUCUGGACCAAGGGAAGGCAGCAGCCCUUCACCUGGACCCCAUCACCAGCCUGCUGCAUCAGCACAUUGGUGGACAGCCUGUUCCCAAGGUCCCACUUUCACCCUCCUGCUUCCCUGGGCUGGCAUCCCCCUGCCACCACUUCCCUCAUGUUGCUUCAGAGGGAGCUCACACAAUACUGGGCUUGGUGCCACCCAAGGGGAGCACACCCAAAACCCGGCCCUUCUUGCACAGGCAACUCUGCAGGAAGAUCCCUGCAGCUGCGAGACGGAGGAUUUGCUUUGCCCUCCUUUGCCAGUUUGUUGGUGAAAGUCUGGGGCCAGAAGUGACAUAUUGCCAGUGCAAAUGGCCACAGAGGCCUCAGUGGGGAUGUAUCUGAUAUGGGCCCUAUCCUUUGUAUGGGCACCAUAGCACGUGUCUUCCUCACUCGCUGCUCUCUCAGCUAUGAGGAAGCUUCUCCUCCCUGAAACUCUAAAGAUCGUGCAACAAACUGUUCCCAGUGACCUGCCAGAGCAGCUGGCUGUCACACAGCCAAGCAGUGCUCAAGCUGUUGAACAAGAUUUGUUUCUGGAGGAAAGCAUUAGCCCUACAGCAUGAGAGAAGUGGCUCAGAGGCAAGACCCUGUUGCCACGGGGGCCACCCGUGUCCCUCCAGCAGUGCCGGUGGCUUUGCACGAGCACAGGUGACAUGUGUCCUGCCUGCAGCCCCUGGGUGUGAGGGUGAUGAUGGGUGAGGGCUGCUGUGGUGGUCUCAGAUCACAGGUAGGAUGAAUGCAAACCACCUUUGCCACGCUGGUUUGGGACCGGCACUGGCCAGAGGAUCCCAGCACUGAGGACAAAAGUGGGGUCAGCAUAGGUAGAUGCCAGAGGAGUGAGGAUAAGCUGCAGCUUUUCUUGCCCUGAGCAUGGCUUGCUUGGGUACAGCUCCUCAGGGCUUGAAGCAAAUGAGAAGUGUGCAUCUCAUCCACAGUAUUUGGAGUGCUCAGGAUUUGUUCAGCCCUGUCUUCCAGGAAAGGCUGGAGAUGAGAUUAGGGUAGCCUGGAGGACCACCCUGCUUGAGACCCAGCCUAGUCUUACUGCUCUGAGCAGGCUGAUAACAAAGGCCCUUCCUCAUCUGUGUUAUUCUGGGAUUUGAUCAUCUUGAGCAAGCUGUGUAGGCUAGUUCAAAGAGUCUCCAUUUAGCAGCACCUAGACUUACAUAAGCAAAACCAAGGCUCCAAACACCCUAGUCACCUGCCUUGGUAAAAACAAGACCCUUUGGAAAACAUUUAUCUCAACUACUCUCUUGUUUCUGGACCAGAGACUGAUCUUAUAUAUGGUAAUUUAAGAUACUGAAGUCAAUGGUGCCUUAUGACUACCAAAUGGUUGUUUUAAUAUGUUACCACUCAGAUGAAUAUCUGUCAGCCAGAAUGGUUUUAUGUGAUGCUAUUCGAGGGAAACCAGGCAUUUCCAGUGAAAAGUAGUACCUAUGGGUCCUAGCAUCAGGCAUGUCCUUCCACACCGUCAUUCCCACAGCCUGGAAUCGGGCAAUCUUCAUCUGAAAAGAACAGGUGUUUAAAAUAAUUCCCCGUGGCUCCUUCAUUUAUUCCUCUCUUUCCCACUCUUGUCCUUUCCCACUUUCAUCGUACCCUUGCGAAUAAUCCCCGGGAGGAAAAGCGUAGCCUCCUGGGAGCCAUACAGCAGCGCGGGGAAGAGAUUUCUCUGUAUUUCCCACUACAGAAGAGCAAAAGGAUCCUCCAUUCUGCCUCAGACCUGUGGAGACAGAGCAAACCACAGCCUCCAUCCUGCUAUCCCUGCAGGUCUGAGAUGACUUAGUGGCUUUUCAAUUACAGGGUGUGCCUUCCCCUACCACUCCUCCCUUCGCCUGCCGGAGCGGGACCACAUCAUUACUAUGCAAAGCCCCGCGAUCUGAACUCUCCAGGGCACAAGUAGAUGCUCUCCUGUCAGGAUAUUCAUGUUUUCCUUCUCUGGAUGACUAGCGGCUCAUCACCAUAGGGAGCAGCACAGCAGUGCUGGCUUCCCUUGCUCCUGGACACCCAUCUUCCUGCACUAUGAAAAUCAACUCUCACCAAAUUAUUACGGUGUCUUUUAUUGCCGGGGUGCUGCAUCAGAAGAGAUGCAGAUAUCAGAAGAGGCUUCCAGUCAUUACUACUCUUCAGCCUUUGAUUAACAUUAAAUACCUCUACAAGCUUGAUGCCACAUCACAGACUUCCCACAUGACACCGUCAAGUCUUCUUUCGUGUGACCAGAGAGGUUUGCAAAUAGGAUUUUUUUGAAAAGUACUUUUUUUAAAAAGCAAGUAGGUAGGUCUGCAGAGCUGAGUUCUUGUUCAACUCUCCCCAGACAGAGGCACAAAUCACAAACCCCAGGUCAAUUAUAUCUGAGAGCCUGAUGCACUCAGGACCCUGAGCCUUGAACUGCAGUCACCUACCCAAACAGCCUUGAACUCUAUAUGAUCAAACAUGAUGUGGGGGUUUUUCCUAGCCCAGAUUCGCCUUCCCACCUAUUCUCUUGGUGCUCAAUGCAACCACCAGCAGAAACCUCUCUGCAUCAGGCCCUGACACAGCUCUAGGGGCAAAAGAGCCACCCCUUCCUCACAUUCAAUCACUGAUGUUCCUCAGGGCUUUACUGAAUAAAAAGAAAAAAAAUAAAUCAUGGUUUUUUUGAAGCCUCCAACAUGUGUCGUUCAGAGAGCAAGGAGAGCCCACAGAAAGCUUGAAGCCACCCAAAACCCAAGGCAGAUACACACAACCCCAGGACUGGGGGGAGGAAGACAGCUACCAAGUAAGGCACCUCAUAACCUCCUUGAAGAGAGCUAAGAAGUCUCAGUGGUGAAGCAGUGCUUCAAGUUUCCACACUGGAAUAACCUGGUGGGGUCUGGGAUGCAAGCACUGAUUCAGAUAAGACACUGGGAACACUUUCUUUUCAUCUUCAAAUUACCUCUGAGAAUUAACAAGGGGUCGUAUUGUUGCUGGGCCACGUCUCACCAUCUCCCUGCAAGGGAAGAGCCAAGCAAUGGGCUGGAGUGCUUCAUACAGUGCUUAUUUGGAGCCAUUGCACUUUUACUGCUCCCUCCAUGCUGAGGUAGGGAGGUUGUACCAGGGAAUGCUGUUUCGGAGGGAGAUCUCUAUCUCUGUGGUGAAAUGCACAUGCCAUGAGAUGGAGCUGCUGCUCUGGUAAAGGUUCCUUAUGAAGCUUCAAGAGUUAAGUGAAUUUUUUUUUUUUUUCAUUUUUCCUGGAGUCAAGGAGCCAGGGAAUCACUCACAUGAGUCCUGUCUGCCCUCACCUGUGCAGCCUGACACAGCCCUGAAAGCCACCUCCUGGGGCCAAGCCCACCCACUCUUCCCACGCCAACUGGUGUGUUUUGCCCUCCGAGACAGGACAAACACACAUUUCCCUUUGUUUCCAGCUCCACACCUAGUUUUCUUCUUUGCAUCAUGAAGGGCCGGCUACUCAUCUGUAAUUCAAAAGAAAGCAAUGACUCACUAGACUACAUCGCUUUCCAAGGCAAAGUAUUUCAUGCAUUUCGCAGGCACGCUAGCCUGUGUUAUGAAAUAACCUCUAUUUGUGGCACACGUUCUCCCCAUCGUCGUGUCCUUUGCAAAACCAGAGGGCUGGAGUUUCCACCCUGAGUGCAGGAUAGGGCUUUGUGCUUAAAUCACGUAUUUGCAUUGUAUGUGGAAUGCAAAAUGCCAUCCCCACAUAACUUAGGAAACCUGGCUGGCUACCCACUGGCAUUAGCCCAGCCUUGUGCUGUUUGCAGUAUAUUUUAAUUAAAAGGUAACAAAAAUCUAAAGUUUCACUUUCACCAGUAAGCUUCCAGGCGCCAGGUAAGGGGUCUCAAAGGCAGGUGGAGCCUCAGCUCCCAGCCUCUCACAUCCCAGGGGACACCGUGAGCAGUUGCUGGAGCUGCAGUGCCUGUUUUUUCCAGGAACAGCAGGGGUGGGGGGUUGUGAAGGUAGGCUUAAAAAAAUGUGAGAGGUGCCUUACCUUGAACCACAAGGCAAGCUCCACCGCUUAGGGCUGCGUCCUUUAUUCCCAGGCUAAAAUGGGACAGUGUCUGCAACUGUCUCAUCUCCCUGGAUUGGGAUGGUAUUUCCAAUACCUGUGUUUCUGUCCCUCAUUGCCUGUCCCUGCAGCCUGCCUGAUCCUUCCUGUAUUUCCCCCACAGGAGACCAGAGACAGCGGGGCUCUCCAAAUUGUGCACUUUGGUCUGGUGUGAUUGAGCUCCCACAGCAAAGAAGAGGAAACCUCGCCGAGGUGGUGAAGUUCACGGGAAGUCCUUCAGCAAACUUCCAGCCAGC